ACAGCCGCAGUUUCAGUCGUCGUCGCACCGUCGUCAUCGUCGUCGUCGUCGCCGCCGUCGCCGUCGCUGUCGUCGCCGUCCAUCACGAUCUGCAGCGAUCGCGGUACGUCGUAUUCACAGACACGCGCCAGUCGCCGCACACACGCGUACGCACGCACUCGCUCAUUCCAUUCGGCCGAGCACGUGUGAGCACGUCCCGACGGGAUCGCAAGAAGGCACAAGCGGACGCGGACAAGACCAACUCGACGGCAAUUCGGUUGAACAAGGAAUCAUUUAUUUUUAAUUUGAUUCUAUACGAUUCAAAUUAUUUUAUUUAUUUGGCACUACAGUUUUAAGAUGGCUGAAUUUCGAAACUAUAAGAACGAUCAAUCGUUUUUAAAGACUAUGUUAAGAAGGAAAAAGGAAUCCGAUUUGAGCGCUGAGCCAACAAAAAAUCAACUAAGCCGUGUACUUGGACUAGUGGACUUGAUUUCUCUUGGCGUCGGUUCAACUCUUGGACUUGGCGCUUAUGUACUAGCUGGAGAAGUUGCAGUUAAAUUUACGGGGCCCGCAGUAGUUUUGUCAUUUGCUUUUGCAGCUAUAGCGUCGGCUCUGUCAGGAUUAUGCUAUGCCGAGUUUGCUAGUCGUGUACCAAAAGCUGGGUCAGCAUAUGCGUUCAGCUAUGUUGGUAUAGGUGAAAUAGUGGCAUUUCUCAUUGGAUGGGAUUUAAUAUUAGAAUACAGUAUCGGAUGUGCCAGCAUUGCAAGAGCUUUAAGUGGGCAUAUUGAUAAACCACUUGGUUAUCCAAUGAGAAAUUAUUUUCAACAAACGUUUCCAAUGAAUGUCGAUUUUUUGGCUCCAUAUCCAGAUCUUUUUUCAUUUACGUCUAUUCUAAUGUUAACUUUGCUGAUUGCAUGGGGAAUGCGAGAAUCAUCUUUACUUAACAAGAUAUUUACCAUUGUCAAUCUGCUUACAGUUUCUACAGUCGUCAUAACUGGUCUAUUCAAAAUUGAUUUUUACAACUGGAGCAUACCAAAAGAAAGUAUACCACCGAAUGUGAAAGGCGGAGAAGGUGGAUUUUUACCAUUUGGAUGGUCUGGAGUAUUUAUGGGAGCAGCGACGUGUUUUUACGGAUUUGUCGGAUUCGAUGCCAUAGCUACUACUGGUGAAGAAGCCAAACGUCCUACAAGAGACAUACCUUUGGCAAUAGUUAUAUCGUUAUCCAUCAUCACGUUAUCGUAUUGCAGCGUAGCUAUCAUAUUGACACUCAUGUGGCCAUACUAUUACCAGGAUCCGGAAGCUCCCUUCCCACAUAUAUACCAACAGAUAGGAUGGCAUGUACUUGAAUGGAUUGUUACAAUCGGAGCAGUGUUUGCUUUAUGCACAAACAUGAUCGGUACACUGUUUCCGUUACCUAGAAUAUUGUACUCCAUGGCUUCUGACGGGUUAUUAUUUCACAUUUUUUCUAAAGUUGAUUCUAAAACGAAAACUCCAUUUUGGGGUACAUUCAUAUGUGGAGCUUUUGCUGCGAUUUUAUCCAGCCUUUUCGAUCUGCAACAGCUAAUGAACAUGAUGUCAAUCGGUACGCUGAUGGCAUACUCGCUUGUGUGUAUAUGUGUUCUAAUUUUGCGUUACACAAACGAUGAUUCCGAAGAGUCUAAAACAAGAGACAACGGCAGAUUUCGUUCAUCUCUCAUGAAACUAUUAUCGUCCAGUUUCAAUCUCCCAAAGUCACAGAUUACAACGAAAAACACUGGUCGUACCUCGAUCAUAAUAGUUAUGGUUUAUCUUGUCGUGUCCAUAUGCUUCUGCUCGUCCAUCUCGAUUGCUCAAAAUGAAGGAAAGUUCACCACGGUCACGUUUGCGGCAUGCAUAGUUUUUGGAGUGUGUUUGUUGGUGCUUUGCUAUUCAUUAUCGAGACAACCACAGUCUACAAAUCAGCCUACAUUCCACGUGCCUUGCGUCCCGUUCGUACCAUGCCUGAGCGUCGUCCUCAAUAUCUACCUAAUGACACAGCUGGACUCGUCCACCUGGAUUCGGUUCACCGUUUGGUUGUUCAUCGGCAUGUUGAUCUACCUGUUCUACGGACUCCAGCACAGCGUGGAACGGUUGAACCAGCGGCGGAUCGUGGAUGAAACGUAUAUGAAACAGAUACGUUAUGAAAUCCAAGUCUAUUAGCGCCGGGGCGACGGUGGUUUGGGGGGAAGGGGGAGCAGGUGAACGUGUAAGAGACAUCGUGUGUGGAUGCGUAUUUGAGGGAGAGAGAGAGACAAAGAUAGAAUGUGAGAGUGAGUGUGUGUAGUGUGUGCAUAGUGCGUUUAUGUGUGUGUGUGUGCACGUGUGUGUAUAUGUAGGGUUUAAAAAUAGAGAUAACGGAGCUAUAUAGAUUAUACAAUAAUUUCGUUAUCCACCCUAUAAUACACCCACAAACGUACACAUCGUUUUAUGCAUUUGUACAAAAGUAAUAAUAAUAAUAAUAAUAAUAAUAGUGAAAAAAAGACGAUUUCUUACACUACCACUUUACUUUCAAAAUAUAACAAUAAUAAUAAUAUAAAACAUUUAUAAAAAAUGAUCCGAGGACAAUUAUUUCAAAAUUUUUCACAAUGUUAAUAAAAUAAACGCCGUCGUCAUCGCAUCGGCCGGCGGUAGUGAAUCUCCGAAAUUAUUAUUAAUAUUUUAUUUGCUUGUUUGUUUUGUUUGUUUGUUUUUUUUUUAUCAUGACAUUUUUACAGAAACAACGUCGUCGAAUAAUUUUUGACAAAAUGCACGUCUUAAACGUGUCGUUUUGUAUUAUUAUUAUUUUUUUUUAAAUGUCUUAUGUCAAAAUAUACCUGUGACUUCAUUUUGUUUUAACGAUUUUAUCUGUACUAUUUUUUUUUUUAUC